AUGACCGCGAACGCCUCCUUUUCACACCAUUACUCCCACAAUCCACCGCGGUCCUCCACAUUUGGAUCUUGUACUUUAAGUGUCAAAUCCAAGAUGGCACUUAACAAGUUAUUCCAGCUGUCCUCCGCGCUGCGCUCCGCCGCGAGCCUGACCCUGCGCCGGAACAUCGGCAUCUCUGCUGUGCUCUUUAACCGGGCCAAGGAUCUCGACCCUAUCCAGAAACUGUUCCUGGAUAAGAUCCGGGACUACAACGCCAAGAGCAAGAUUUCGGGUGGCAUUGUGGAGGGAGGAGCUUCUUACCAGAAGAACGUGUCUGAAGAGGUCAUCAAACUGCAGAGGCUAUAUGGCGGAGGAGACCUCGCCAAGUUCCCUGAUUUCAAAUUCUCAGAGCCCAAGCUUGAGGAAGUGGCCAAGUGAAUGCUAUCCAUGUUGUUUAUCUCCUACAUGUCACAAAUAUGUUGUAUUUAAUAAAAAUAUAGUGGAUUGAACCAUGA